AUGAGAUUUAAAUUUUUUCUAUUCAUUGAAGCAGAUGCCAGCUUUGCAGCAGAGUUCCUGCAGGUUCACAAUGAAUACCGUAGUAAGCAUGGAGCACCACCUCUUACACUGGAUCCCAAUCUUAACCUUUCUGCUCAGGCAUGGGCUCAGACACUGCUGUCAAUCAAAACCUUAAAACAUAGCAAUACCAAAGUUGGAGAGAACCUGUACUAUACAUACAGCUCACCACCCAAAAAAGUUCCAGGGCGUGUACCAGUGGACAGCUGGUACAAUGAAAUUAAGAAAUAUGACUUUAAGAACCCGGGAUUCAGUUCUGGAACAGGUCACUUCACACAGGUGGUUUGGAAAGACUCUAAGCAGCUCGGUGUUGGGAUAGCCACAGAUGGGACUACAACCUUUGUGGUGGGCCAGUACUUACCAGCAGGCAAUAUCAGCAAUGCUGGCUACUUUGAGAAGAAUGUCCUACCACUGCAAUAGCCUUUACAAACAAAAUAAUCCAGCAGUGGCAAAGAAGCUUUUAAUAUAAAAUUAGUUUGAUCACUAUCUGA